AGAAAUGCAGAAAACAAAGCAAUAACUUUAUUUCGGUAGCAUGUAGGAAUGCGAGUGCCUGAUAGUAUUGCCAAAAAUAAGCCUGCGUUAACAGAUUUCAUAACCUUGAAUUCAAUACUGUAAUGCGGCUACUCCUUGAGAAAGCGAUUAACCUCAAAGCUACUGACGUUUUGUAACUAUUCCAAAAUUUUCUAAUAUAAUAUUACCGAUAAAAGUCAAGAUUCCAGAAAAUCCUUGCAAAAUCACCUACUGAUUUAAAAUUAUAAUUUGAACUCAAAACUGGCAAGAUUUUUUAAAGAAUUGUGAAGAUGGCAGAUCGUGAGCGUCUAAAUGGUGGAAUAAAUAUAAAAAGCCAUGCAAUAAAUGAUAUAAAAAGUUUUAUUAGUAAAACCAGUUUUAAGAGCCACCGAGCAAAUGGAUUUUCAAAUGAGGAUGUUAAACGCAUAUCCAAUGGCCAUAUUAAGCAUACAGCACAGCAUAAAAAAUUUGAUUACAAUGAUCCUCAUCGACUUAAAGAAUCAUUUGAACACGUCCCCUUGCAUACAGCAUGUCUCACUUAUCUAGGAUUCUAUUUAUUGAUGAUAUUAGGAUUUUUAAAUCAAUUAUUUUUUACUCCCAAAGUAGCCACUGAAAAAAAUCGAAAGGGCUAUGCACCUUUAUAUGACAGUUUUGACAAAUUUUAUUUGAGAUAUGUAUAUCGUAGAAUUCGAGAUUGUUGGAAUCGACCUAUAUGCAGUGUCCCUGGAGCAGAAGUAACUCUUAAAGAUAGAAUAACUAAGGAUUAUGGUUGGAGCUUUGAAUUUACAGGCACGGAAACUAAAUGCCUAAAUUUGGGUUCAUAUAAUUACUUAGGCUUUGCAGAAAAUAAAGGCAAAUGUGCUGAUGCAGUUGAAAAAUCCAUCCGUGAUUAUGGGCUUUCAUUAUGCAGUACGCGACAUGAACUUGGAACAAAUCCACUUCACAUUCGUUUAGAAAAGUUAACUGCAGAGUUUCUGGGUGUUGAAGAUGCUAUUGUUUUUGGAAUGGGUUUUGCAACAAAUUCUCUAAAUUUACCGUCUCUUUUAAGUCCCGGGUGCCUGGUUAUUAGUGAUGAAAAGAAUCAUGCCAGUAUUAUAUUAGGUUUAAGAUUGUCAGGUGCCACUACAAAAGUUUUUCGGCAUAAUAAUAUGAAACAUUUGGAAAAAGUACUAGAAACUGCCAUUGUAAAAGGACAGCCAAAGACUGGAAAGCCAUGGAAGAAAAUUAUGAUUGUGGUUGAAGGAAUAUUUAGUAUGGAAGGCUCAAUAGUUAAAUUGCCAGAGCUAAUUGCAUUAAAGAAGCGUUUUAAAGCAUAUUUAUAUUUGGAUGAAGCACAUAGCAUAGGCGCAAUGGGAUCUCAUGGUCGUGGUGUUGUUGAUUAUUAUGGGGUUGAUCCAAAUGAUGUUGAUAUACUGAUGGGUACAUUUACCAAAAGUUUUGGAAGUGCUGGUGGAUACAUAGCAGGCUCUAAAAAGCUAAUAAAUUAUCUGAGAGUUCAUAGUCAUGCACAGUGCUAUGCUGCUACAAUGUCACCUCCUGUUGCACAACAAAUAAUAAGUGUAAUGGAAAUAAUAAUGGGUUUAGAUGGAACCGACGAAGGUCAAAGACGAAUCAACCGGUUAGCAAGAAAUACUAGGUACUUUCGAAGGAGAUUAGCUCAAAUUGGUGUUAUUACUUACGGACAUGAAGACUCACCAGUCAUACCAAUUUUGGUUUACUUAUUCUCUAAAAUUGGAGCGGUGGUGAGGACGCUUAAAGAACGAAACAUAGCUGUAGUGGGUGUUGGUUUUCCAGCUACGCCAUUGAUGGAAGGUCGAAUACGAAUAUGUCUUUCUGCUGCUCAUACCAAAGAGCAACUAGACUAUGCACUACAAGUAAUUGAUGAGAUAGCUGAUGAACUUGGUCUCAAGUAUUCAAGAAAACCACGAGACCCUAAUCCAAUUGAGUAUUAAACAAUUAUACAAUUACCAUAAAAUAUUAAUAUGGGCACAAGAUGAAAGCCAAUUAAUGAUAAUU